GUGCCAUGAUGGACCUCCUGUGGGGUGGCCGCCGCGGCGGCGAGCUUCAAGUGGGGUCCUGCCGUCAACGCGACCCCGCUGAAUCCCCCGGCGUAGACUGAAGCAAGCUCCGCCAUCAACAACCAUCGCCAACUCCAGUCUUGUUGCCCAUUGACUUGUUCAUUGACCUCCACAAUGGCUGCCGUCGACCCCUUUGACUCAGCGCUCGACCUGCUCCGACGUUUGACGCCGAAACACGUUGCGACCCAUAUCAACUCAAUCAUCUCCAUCGCUCCCGACCUGACAGAAGACCUCCUGGCCUCCGUCGACCAGCCUCUGACUAUCAAAAGAUGUCGUGACUCGGGGAGGGAGUACCUCCUUUGCGACUACAACCGCGACGGCGACUCAUACCGCUCGCCCUGGAGCAACAAGUUCGACCCACCCCUCGACGUGGGCGGUCUGGGCGGCGUGAACGAGGGUGCGGGCGAGGGUGCUGUCCCGAGUGAGCGCGUGCGCAAGAUGGAGAUCAAGGCCAACGAGGCAUUCGACAUUUACCGCGAGCUGUACUACGAGGGUGGUGUCAGCAGCGUCUACUUCUGGAACUUGGAUGAUGGCUUCGCAGGUGUUGUUCUCCUCAAGAAGUCGUCGACGCCAGGAGGCAACAGCGAAGGUGUCUGGGAUUCCAUCCACGUCUUCGAGGCCAUUGAGCGUGGCCGCACGACACACUACAAGCUCACAUCGACUGUGAUCCUCAACCUCUCCAGCUCCGCCGACCUCGGGGAACUCGACCUGAGCGGCAACAUGACCAGGCAGCUGGAGCAGGAUCUCCCCGUGGACAAUGACGACAGUCAUAUUGCCAACGUCGGCCGGCUGGUGGAAGACAUGGAGCUGAAGAUGAGGAACUUGCUGCAGGAGGUGUACUUUGGCAAGGCGAGGGAUGUCGUGGGCGACUUGCGCAGCAUUGGGAGCCUGUCGGAGGGUGCUAGGGCCAGGGAUCAGCAGCGCGAGGUUAUUGGGGGGCUUGGGCGGUAGACGGUGAGCCAGUGUGAUCUAGAGCGCAUACUCCGCGG